AACUCGUUGAAACAGUGUGCUAGUAUUGGAUUGAAAGAUCGUUCGCGGUGGAUUACACCCACAAUUAGGUUCGUAGAAGUGAGAAGAGUUGAUGUUGGCAAUCAGGGGGCGAGUUGAAGGACAGGGGUAAGGAAGCGAGCAAAGUGGAGCCAAGUGGACCAAGAGGCAAACUACUGCAAGGUCAACCUUUUAGUCCCAAUUUGGCAAUUCUAAGAGAUGGAUGCUCUCUUAUCGCAACUCUGUUUCCGGGCUCUCACUCUUCACUCUGUCCACCCCCUCCUGAACCCAUUGCGAGCUGUCAAUGUUCCACUCUAAAGCAACAAUCCCAAUGUAGUCUCACUUGGCUUUGGAAGCAUGCCGGGAGGACAGGUGACAGCGAGCCCGACGGUCCUGGAAGAAAAUUCCUCGCCCGAGGCAGUUGACGAGCCGCUGAAGGCGAAAGCCAGACACAGCCGGUCACGGGGUGCGUGUACCAGAUGCAAGAAGAGACGUCAGAAAUGUGAUGAGCAGAGACCUGCCUGUGGUCGCUGUCAAGAGAGCGGGAGUGAAAAUUGCACUUAUACGAUUGAUUUACGAUGGGGAGGGAGAGCUUUCAAAUCCUACACAGGGAAUUCAGAUAUCAAGAAAUACGAAACCGAGCCAGGGACAUUUGUCUACGUUGCUUCCUCAAAGCAGACGUCUCCAAUUAUGUGGCAUCCACCACCGCCAACGUCUGAAAGACUCAGCAGAUCUCUCUCCCCUCUCGACUCUACCAAUCCGACGGAGCAGCUUCUCCUGCACCACUUUGCCCAGUCAGCGUCCAGAAUAACUUCAUGUUACCCAGGCAUUCAAACAUCAUUCAACUCACUUCUCCUCCCAAUGGCCAUUUCCUACCCCCCUCUGCUCUCUGCACUCAUGGCUCUCUCUGCAAUCCACAGAAACUCACUCUACACGCUCCCUGCCGCUACACUCCAGCAACCCAGUGAGAUUGACUACCUCAAAGCCUCAUCCGUUACUCAGCUCCGCUCGGACCUGCUGCUCCCCGCUCAACGACAACCCCAAAUGCGAGACGCCGUGCUGGCAACGGCCCUCACGCUCUGCAUGUGCGAGAUCCAUUCCGGCGCCGACCUCCCGCGCUCCUGGCGUCUGCACCUCGAAGGCGCAACAGCCAUCCUCUCCUCCCUCUCACCCAUGCCCGCCUCCACCUCCUUCCACCCAAACAACCAAACGGGCCUGUUGCAGCGAUGGUACACGUCCAUCUCAGCGCUUGCCGCCAUCUCGCCGCAAGGCCUGCGAGCUGGGGAUCUCCAUCCCGCUACAUCACCAACACCAUCACUAGAUCCACCUCUCUCCGCUGCUAAUGAGAAGAAAGAAGUCGCUGUUUUCCUAGACGACUAUUUUGGCUUCUCAACCGAUCUCGUCGACAUGUUCAAGGAGAUCGGCGCCGCGGCGUGGGAACGACGGAUCCUCUCUUCAAAAUCUCCUUUGGCGCUGGAAUCAGAGUCAGAGGCAAUGCGCAUCCAUGUUAAUCUUUCGGAGGAGGACCUCGCCACCGAGGCCCGCAACCUGGAACUACGCGUCUUGGACAUGAUGACUCGGGAUCCGCCGCCGUUCUACCCUGGCGUACAGGAGAAGUUGGAUGAGGAAGUGAGAAUGGACUUCUAUCUCUGCAACGAGGCGUACCAGUGUGCUGCACUUCUGCAUAUUUACAGAAGUGUAAUGCUGCUUGAGAGGGCGAAUGUGAGGGUGCAAGGCUGUGUGGAGAGGAUAUUGGGGUGCGUGGAUAGGAUUAAGCCGCGCGAGGGGCUGAGUCCGUAUAUUGUGCUCACGAUGCCGCUGUUUGCUGCUGGGAAGGAGGCACUGGGUGAGGAGAGGGAGAGGGUUAAGAUAGCGAUGAGGGGGUUGGGGAGUCGUCUGAGGUUGAGGAAUGUGUGGAGGAGUUUAGAAAUUCUGGAGGAGGGCUGGGAGAGGGGGAGGGGUAGCGGGUGGGAAGAUGCGGAGAACUGUGAUUUUAUUCCAUACUAGGAGUUUUGCAGUGCGUGUUAGGUACAGUAUCACAGGGACUCAACUAAGGAGUCUGUGGUCUCGGCUUUUCCAAGCGUCAUUGGCUUUCGCCACUUGGGGCCAAACUUCUGGAGGAUGACAUAGGUUGGGAUCACGCCGAAGGUGCAGAUUAUAGCUUGCACGGCAAAGGACCAGG